AUGAAUGCAAUUUUUGCGUUAACCUUAUUGAUCGCAAGCACGAACGCUGUUUCCACGAGAAUCAGCAACGGUGCAACGGCGUCCGCUUCGCACUUUCCGUCUGCAGUGGGAAUACUGAUUUCCGGAACAUCGGAUCAUUCGUUCUGUGGAGGUGUCCUGAUUUCUUCACGAUUCAUACUUACCGCUGCCAGAUGUGUCUCAGGGUUGAACACAUUAACGGUAGUAGCUGGAGCGAGUGACAUGACCAGAAUUGUCGAGGUCCUUCCGGUGCUAAACAUUCCAAGCCACAUCAUAAUUCAUCCGAACUACAGCUCGUUCUUCAAUCGUGACGAUAUAGCGAUAGUGCAGCUAUCUCGUCCAGCAGUACUGGGAGAAUACGUAAAUGUUGCGCGUCUACCUAAUAGGUAUCAUGCUGUGUUUACCUUCGCGGGUUGGAACUCGACGGUUGUAGGUUGGGGUAAUACUGGAAACCGGGACAACGAGCCUCUCCCACUACAGCAUCUGCAAUUCGCACAUGGGGAUGUGAUAACCAAUUUCGUUUGUGGUCUGACACACAGCUUCGUACGCGAGGGUCACAUUUGCACCAGUACCGACGAGGGAGGGCCGUGUGAUGGCGACGAAGGUGGACCAAUUUAUGCCGAGGUUGAUGGAGAUACUUUGCUGAUUGGAAUCCAUUCGUUCCACUUCAGUGGCACUCGCGGAUGUGAUCGUGGUAGAUCAUCUGUUAAUACGCGUAUCACAGAGUAUCUGGACUGGAUUGGACAAAACUCUGAUGUGGAAAUUCUGAAUUGA